AUGGAGUGUGUCCGGUUGCCGUCGGAAGCCGGCAGCGUAACUCCUUCCACGGUGCGGCCUGAAUUUCUGCCAAGUUGGCGGUGCCCAGCCGUCAGUAGCAAGGGAGGCAGCAGUGAUGUUCUUUCUUUCGUGCCUUGGGCCCUGUUGGGCGGCUGCGGCCGUGCUCGACUGAAGCGCAGCCGGCGCGGGAUUUGCGGAGUUCUUAGAGCUCGGCAAGCUGAGAUUUUCCAGGUCCCCCUAGAUGGAGAUGAGGUAUCGGACCCUCGGACGUUUUCUUCGAAGAUUGCUGUGGCAGAACUGGAAGGGAAGGGCUGCGGAGUAGUGGCGACCAGAGCGAUUUCGCGUGGCGAAGUCGUAUUGAAGGAGUCACCCCUCCUGGGUCUGCCAGUCUCUUUUGAGUCUGCAUCCGACGCGGAAGCUCUUCUAAAUGCGACCAGUCUGCGACAGUUGGACGAGGAUUUGAACAGUGCACUCACCUCUUGCAGUCAGGCUAGUCAGGACCGGUUUUGGGAGCUGUCAGACUGUCAUGGGGAGCCCAAGACGGCGGCAGGCAUCGCACUGACCAAUGCUUUGCAACUGGGCAAAGGUGGGGGCCUCCUGGCAAUGUCGGCAAGAUUUAACCACAGUUGCAAGCCAAACGUGCAGGGAGGCUGGGACAAGAGUCAAGGUGGUGGGAUGGCCGUUUGGCAUGCCCUUCGUGACAUCUCUGCAGGCGAGGAGCUGUGUUUUUCUUAUGUCGAUCCGUACGAGACAGAGGCAGAGCGACAAUCCACACUGCAGAGUCUCUUCAAGUUCCAGUGCAGGUGCCCAGUCUGCAUGCUGCAGGGGGAGGCGAAGAUGGCUAGCAACCAGAAUCGUCAGCAGCUGCAUGAUCUCAAGGAGGCCCUUGAGCUCUCUGCCCUCGUUGCCGACGACACGGCCGAGAUGGCCCGGGAACUCGUCCCUCAGAUGGUGGAGCUUCUGGACGUGGAGUUGGAGGGAAGCCCCGCAUUGAAGAGCAAG